UAUAAAUAUUGUUGUCUUUUGUAAUCUUGCAGAGAAUCAAAUUAACGAUUAACAAUUGUCACACUAAUUUUCUGUCCUUGUCUUUCUGGUGAUUAACCAUUUAAUUGUUGGACUAUCUCUGGAUUAACAAUUAAUAUUCCAUUGUUAUAAUAACCAUAAUAUCGGGCAAAAAGGUGGACCAUAAUCACCAGGGUCGAUUCUCUUAAUUUCUGGUCAUAUUUAAGGACAGAGUUUUCGUGGAAAAUGUUAAUUGUAAAUCGUUCAUCGUACUGAUAAUUUCCAUUAAUUUGAAUUCUCUCCCAAAACAUAUCAACGGAUUUUCGAGUGAAAAUAAACAACUCUCACAAUGUUUUCUCCUAAAAUCCAGAUCUUCAUUACUCUUCUCAUCCUUAUUGGUACUUCUUCUUGUGGUUACCUUUCACCUCCACUCGGUUUUCCACAUUCAUUUCCAGUUCCGUCCGCCAAAUCUUUUCUCUUCCAAUCCUUUGGCCCUCCUGUUCACACGUACACAGGUUAUGGGCCAUAUUCCCGCUACUCUCAAGGGAUCCCACCGCAUAUUCACCAACAACAACAACCACCUUUUCAUCCUCUUCACUCUCUUCACAAUUUCCAUGGUUUUCCAAAUCGAACUCCAUUUGUUUGAAAAUUGGAAAAGAAAAUAAGACAAGAAUAAGAAAAGAAAUUAAAGGAUAAACGUCGUUUAGCACAUCAACAUUUCCAUUCUAAUCCUUGUUACCUGUUUGUCAAAUUCUCGAUGGAUCAGUUUGAACCUAAUUCCAGGAAGUACUUGGACUCACUAGUUAAUCUUCAUCGCUAAUGGACUUGUUUCUUUUGGUUACAUUUAUCAUCUGCUCCUUUGAUGACUGUUAAUCAUGAUGGUUGAACAAUGGACAGUCUUAAACAUUUAGUUACUCGAAGACAAGUUUCAAAUCCAAAUGGUCAAGUGUUUACCUUAAAUUGUUUCUCAAUAGUCUAAACCAUAUAAUUAGUGGAAUAAAAAUAAACUAAUCAAUAAACUAA